AAUACUCUAGAAGAGUUUUCAUCAAAUAUAAGCUCCACUAUAAAAUCAUUCUUAUACUGAUAUAUCUGUUAGUUUUACAUUAGCUCGUGUCUAUCAAACCAUCAAGCAAUGGUACUACUUCCUGCGUUUUUAAUAGUAUUGUCAUUGGCGUUCGAAGUCAAUGCUAGCAAUUUUGGGUAUCCUAAAAGCUUGGUUCGGGAUGCUAACGGUCAACAGCACCUGGUGAAUCCGAAUCCGUAUCGUGUAGUCGACGAUUUCCUGGAGCCAUCAUUCAUUGCCGAAACCGACGUAUUCUUCAGAUUGUACACCAGAGCGAAUCCAGAAAACGAUCAGAUCUUGAAACCCAACGAUACUAGUUCGAUUGCCAACUCACACUUCGAUCCCGGUCAUCCAACGAGGUUCUUGAUUCAUGGCUGGAAUCAGAACAAUGAGUCAGAAUUUCUGGUCAAAACUCGCCAUAGCUAUCUCUCGGUGGAUGACUUCAACAUUAUUGCCGUCGACUGGGGUAAAGGAGCUCAAACAAUCAACUACAUCACGGCACGUUACCGUGUGGAACAUGUGGGACGCGUAACGUCCCAAAUGGUAGACACCCUAGUGAAAGCCUCUAGGGUUCCUCUGGACAGAGUCAUCGCAAUAGGAUACAGUUUGGGUGCUCACAUAGCUGGAGUUACCGGAAAGCAUCAGAUGGGUCGACUCAGUACAAUCGUUGGUCUCGAUCCGGCUGGUCCCCUGUUCACUACCAACAGUUCGGAUGGUCUCAAUCGGCAAGAUGCCCAGUACGUGGAAAUGGUGAGCACCAAUGCUCGCAUUUUAGGGUCUUACAGUCCCUUGGGUGCUGCAAACUUCUACGUCAAUGGUGGACUUGAUCAGCCCGGAUGCGGAAUGGAUCUAUUUGGUAUUUGUUCGCAUUCUCGAUCGUGGAUGUAUUUCGAAGAAACGAUUACGACUGGAGCGGGGUUCCGGGGUGUGCGAUGUGCAACGUUUGAAGAUUUCAAGGCAGGGAAGUGCAAUGCAGAAGGAUCUACAACAGCCGUCCGGAUGGGAGGAGAACCGUCAAACCAUGGACGAGGAGUGGAAGGUGUUUACCUGGUUCAAACCAAUUCCCAAGCGCCGUUUGCAAAGGGUUGAAGUUACGAAGGCUAUGAGUUAUUGAAACUGCUAUGUGACGAUAAACUAGUACAAAAAUAGGA